AUGUUCAAGGUUGCUCCGGGAGUGACACACUGGCAGUCACCCAACUACUUCGCUAUUUUCCCGGCCAUCGUAACGUAUCCUUCCAUCUUAGGUGAGAUGUAUAGCGCAGCUUUUACGGCGCCGGCAUUCAACUGGCUCUGCUCCCCUGCCAGCACAGAGUUGGAGACGGUGAUGAUGGAUUGGCUGGCCAAAGCCUUAAAAUUGCCCUGCAGCUUCCUCAGCACCAGCUCUAACGGCGGAGGCAGUGUUAUCCACGGCAGUGCCAGUGAAGCGAUCACUACCGUGAUGGUCGCGGCUCGCGAGCGCUAUAUACGAACCAAAAUAGAUCAAGAGGGCUUGAAAGAAGGAUCGCCAGAGCGCGAAGAAAUCGAGGCUUAUCUGCGAACCCGACUGGUGGCGAUUGGUUCCGAGGAGACACACAGUAGUACCCAAAAAGGCGCGAUCAUUUCGGCCACAAGAUACCGAGCCAUGCCGGUUGAACUCGAAGAAGGGUAUGCUAUUACUGGUGCCCGGCUCGAAGCUGUGCUGGAGCAGUGUCAAAAGGAAGGAUUCCAUCCAUACUACAUGACCGCGACGCUAGGCACUACCACCUCGUGUGCGGUCGACCGCUUUGACGAGAUAGCAGAGGUCAAGAAGAAAUGGCCUCUGAUUUGGGUGCAUGUGGAUGGCGCUUACGCCGGGGCGUCUCUUAUCUGUGAAGAGUUUCAGCACUAUAGUCGCCAAAUUGACAUUGCCGACAGUUUUAAUUUCAAUAUGCACAAAUGGCUCAUGGUCAAUUUUGACUGCUCUUGUCUGUUUAUCAAACGCCGGGCGGAUCUCAUUCAAACAUUCAACGUUCAGCCUGCCUACCUGAAAAACACUUUCUCUGAAUCCGGCCUGGUCACCGACUACCGCGACUGGCAGAUUCCCCUUAGCCGCAGAUUCCGAGCGCUCAAGGUCUGGUUUGUCCUGAGGACAUAUGGCAUUAAGGGGUUGCAGCAGCAUAUCCGGCGGUCCAUUCACCUCGGCGAUAUUUUUGCUCGCCUCCUCAAAGAACGAUCAGACAUUAUCGAGAUUAUCUGGGGUCCAGUGUUCGCCCUCACAUGUUUCCGUAUAAACCCGAAAAAGCUGAACGACGAUACGGAGCUGGCAGACAAGCUUACUACGAAAGUAGCAGAGCAGAUUAAUGCCAGUGGGAAAAUCAUGAUUACCGCGUCGAGACUGGCCGGUCGUGCUGUUAUACGCUUUCUUCCUGCUAAUACAAAUGUCACAGAACAAAGCACACGGAGGGCUGGGGAUUAUAAUUGA